UACCGAUUAAAGGUGAGGAAAAUAGAACCUACAAUUAUGAUAAAUUUUUGUAAAAAAAAUAUUUGCAUUUUCCCUAUUUCAACGUUUAAAAUGGUUCCUUCUUAUCUAAUUAUCAAUGUGAUUCUCAUUCAUUAUACUUAUUAUAUAAGGCCCCAAGGUGCCAUCAAUUGCGAGUGCUCGACUGUUGAUUGCCUUAAACGUUCUACCAAGACUUGCAUUUCUAACUCCAUUUGUUACACUCAAUACGUUGAAAGAUCUAUGGGACUCUUUCAAAAUAUGAGCCUAGGUUCGGUUAUAAAGGGUUGUUACAGGGGAGUCAACCUGCCAAUAAUUUGCCAUAAUAAAAGUCCCAAGAAUAGGCUUUACACGCGACUAGCUACCAGGACAUGGCCCGUAGUCGCGUGCUGCCAAACGGAAAUGUGUAACGCAAAUACUCGUUUCUUGAGUGGCGGCGGGACUGAUAAAGAUAUUAAUAAGCUCCGAAUAAUUGUAAUAUCCAACUCUACCAAAAGAAGCCAAAAUUAUAAGGCACCGUCGUCAAACGUAAAGCCAAGCUAUGAUCUAAUAUCUGUGACCGGAAUAAAAGACCAUAACAAUUAUAACUCUCCGCCAAAUAUAGUUAGCGUUCUUUCUUCUAAAGGAAUCUUCCUGGGCGUCAUCAUGCUUGGCCUAUCUACUGUCUUGAUAUCAGCGCUGUUCCGUUACAAAUAUUCAAUGCUAGUAGAAGAUAAACAAAAUGAUAGUUUUCAGCGUUACGCGCUGUGUUCUCAUAUAUGCAGUAAAAUUAUUCUAGAUGCGGGAGACCAUUUGUUACAAUAAACAGUAUAAUAUCAUAUAUAUACGCUGUACACAUUAUGUGGAAAUGUCGAGAAUAAAAGUACAAAAGAAAAAGGUUAUACCAAACUAUUUCAAGUAAAUUCUGUAUUAAUGGUGAAUAAAUCCUCACAUAAAUGAGGCUUCGUGUAGAUGUAAUUUUAUAUUAUUCUAAAUUAAGUAAUAAAGUUAGGCAAAAAUUGACAAGUGUUUACUUUUUUUUUAAAAUUUGAAUUUGUAUAUAAUUAAUUGAAUUUAAAUUAUAUAUUAUAUAAUAUAAAUAAGCCACGCGCGUAUUCCUUGUGGAAUCUUUUUUAAUUCAUUAAAAAACGGAGA